ACGGCGUUCGCUUUCGCGGGCUUCUCUCAUUCAUUCCUGGGACCCGUUCCUUGUCUCUAACCAUCAGAGCUGACGACAUCAAUCUGUCUGACAAACUUUGUUGGACGUGUUGCAUUGCGCACAUCCCGAGUUGUACAUCUCGCGCACAUUCAGUCCCCGUUUCAUCCCUCAUUGGUGCCCUAUUGGCCUCUGCAUCGUCGGGAGCAGUGAGUAGCGCAUGCUACUCCUGCAUCACUUCUACGCGGGAAUUUGUACUAUUGAGAUACCGCUCGUCCAAUGGAGAAACGAAAAACUGAUUUGGAACUCUACAUCGUGAGCAAAAACGGGGUCGACCAACAUGCCUACGUCCUCGAGCGCCGGGGAGACGAGGUCUACGUGCAUUAUGUAAAUUCCGACAAGAGGCUUGAUGAAUGGCUUCCGCAAGCGGCCGUGCGACCUGCAGGAUCCCACGAGGCAAACAUGGCUGGUAGUGCCACGUAUCGCAAGAGGAAGAGGGGAUCCGUCGAUGAGGAGACCUCUGCGAGCACAAGGCUGUCGCGAUCGCCAGCUCAGUCAGAUGUCCUUGCAGCGGGGUUGGCAGGCACUGACACGGUCGAGGAUCCGCCCAUUACAGAAGAAGAGUACGAUAUUGAGCACCACAAGCAGAUCACUGCAAAGAGGAACUUCGACAAGGUCAUAUUUGGGCGAUGGGAGAUCAAGACCUGGUACUUCUCUCCGUACCCCCUGACCGAAGCAGAGGCGGAGGACCAAGUUGCGGUGCCUACCCACCAUGGUCCGUCUUCGAGCAUUCGAAUUCCGGGAGUCGGCCGUUCCUCUAUUCGCUCCCAUGGACGCACUUCGGAUUUGUUCGCAGGCGGUCUGGGUCGGAACACCACCACAGGCGAGAAGGCGAUGCUGUGGGUAUGCGACAAGUGCUUCAAGUAUAUGGCAGAAGGCCUCUCUUGGGAGUCUCACGUCAAAAAGUGUACGCGGAAACAUCCGCCCGGGCGAAAGGUGUACCAGCGUGGCGCUCACAUCAUAUGGGAAGUCGACGGUGCUAAAGAAAAGUUGUACUGCCAAAACCUCUCACUAUUCGGAAAACUGUUCAUCGAUAUCAAGACACUCUUCUUCGAUUGCGACAAUUUCAUGUUCUACAUCCUCACCGAUGCCGACUCUCAGCGUGAUCAUGUCCUUGGAUUCUUCUCAAAGGAGAAGGUUUCCUACGAUGAUUACAACCUAGCCUGCAUCGUGGUUCUCCCUCCUUAUCAGAAGAAGGGUUAUGGUAUGCUCAUGAUUGAAUUCAGUUAUGAGCUCUCCCGUCGUGCAGGACGAAUCGGCACGCCCGAACGCCCUUUAUCUGAUCUCGGGCUCCGGAGCUACCUCACAUACUGGGUAUCGACCCUAAUCAGGUUCUUCCGGCGGCUGCUAGCUGUACUGCCGCCAGACGCGUCGAAGAUGAUCACAAUCGGCGGCAUGCCGGAUCUUGCGGAGGCGUACAUGAUGUCACCAUCUGCGGAGCCCGAGGACUGGGCGACAUCGAAGUUGAAGCGACGGAAGAGCACGAAAGGGUGGGACGGAGAGGAACUACCCGGAACGGCCCACCGGCCUGCAGAGCCGUAUGAUGGGACUGAUCCCAUGUUCACGACCCUCCGCACUGUGGAGACUACUCCGAAUGCCGAUGGGAGUGCGACUGCUCAUGUCAUGCUUCAUUGCACCUUGGCUGACAUCGCCCGCGCCACUAAUCUGCGUGUGGAAGAUGUGGCUUUUGCUCUGAAUGAAUGUGGCUUGCUUCUUAAACGAAGGAAGGGCGAGGAUGCCGGCGAUACAGAGGACAUCGUGGUAAUGUCGAGAGAGAUGGUCGAGACAGUGGCAAAAGAACGAGGCGUAAAGAAGAUGUGCAUGAGCCUUGCCCAUGUACUGCUCUAGGGCCGCCAAAAUGUAUUCGCUAGUCUAUUGUUCUAUUUGCAACUUGUGCGUACUGUCCCCCGUUCUUAUGUUCCGCUUUGAUGAUCGCAUGACCGGUCAUGUCGAGGCUAGGAACAAUAUAGACAAGGUCCGUGGACCAUCCGAC